AUGUAUAAAAUCAGAAGUUUAUUGAAAAUUUUGAAUAAAAAAUACACUCUCUUUCACCACCCGACACAACGUUUCUUUGCAAAGGAAGUGCGUUUUGGUCCUGAUGUAAGGUCACUCAUGUUACAAGGAGUAGAUAUACUAGCAGAUGCGGUUGCAGUGACGAUGGGUCCAAAAGGUCGAAAUGUAAUUUUAGAGCAAGUCUUUGGACCACCAAAAAUUACGAAAGAUGGAGUAACAGUAGCAAAAGGAAUAGAAUUGAAAGAUAGAUUUCAAAAUAUCGGUGCGAAGCUUGUUCAAAAUGUUGCAAACAAAACUAACGAAGAAGCUGGAGAUGGAACGACAACAGCUACAAUAUUAGCUCGAGCUAUAGCAAGAGAAGGUUUUGAAAGUAUUUCGAAAGGUGCCAAUCCAAUUGAAAUUAGAAAAGGUGUCAUGCUUGCUGUUGAUACUGUAACAGCUCACUUAAAAAAAAUUUCUAAACCUGUUAAAACUUCGGAAGAAAUCGAACAAGUAGCUACAAUUUCAGCCAAUGGUGAUAAGAGCGUUGGGAAGCUUAUAGCUUGUGCUAUGAACAGAGUUGGAAAAGAUGGAGUUAUAACAGUCAAAGAUGGAAAAACGUUAGAUGACGAAUUAGAAGUAGUAGAUGGUAUUCAAAUCGAGAAAGGGUACGUGUCACCUUAUUUUGUAAAUUCGAAAAAGGGGCCUAAAGUAGAAUAUAAUGACGCUUUAAUCCUUUACUCUGACAAAAAGAUUUUUACAGCAAAUCAAAUUAUUCCUGCUUUGGAAAUAGCUAAUAACCAGAAAAAGCCAUUGAUUAUUAUUGCAGAAGAUUACGAAGGUGAACCUUUAUCGGUAUUAGUUGUAAAUAAAUUAAAAAUUGGUUUACGUGUUGCUGCUAUUAAAGCACCUGGCUUCGGUGAAUAUCGAAAAAAUACGUUGAUUGAUCUCGCAAUCGCAACUGGAGGUGUGAUUUUUGAAGAUAAUGAAAAUUUAUUACGUUUAGAAGAUUGUCAACCUGAAAGCCUUGGAAAAGUAGGUGAAGUGAUAAUUACUAAAGAUUCGACUAUUCUUUUGGGUGGACAAGGUGAUAAAAACGAGAUUGAGCAACGAAUUGAACAAUUACGUUCCGAAUAUGAUGAAACAACUAAAGAAUCUGAAAAACAAAGGCUACUGGAUCGAAUUUCUAGGCUUAAAAGUAGAGUUGCCAUUUUGCGAAUUGGAGGCUGUAGUGAGGUAGAAGUAAACGAAAAGAAAGAUCGAAUAAAUGAUGCACUUAAUGCCACUCGGGCGGCAGUUGCUGAAGGUAUAGUUCCAGGAGGUGGCGCAGCGCUUUUACGAUGUAUACCAGAACUAGAAAAACUAAAGGCAGCGAAUUCUGAUCAAGCAAAAGGAAUAAACAUAGUUAAAAAAGCUUUACGUACUCCCUGUUUAACAAUAGCAAGUAAUGCUGGCUAUGAUGGUUCUCUUGUUGUAUCAAAAGUUGAAAGCUUGCGUACCAAUUACGGCUAUGACGCACUUAAUAAUGAAUACGUUGACAUGAUUGAAAGAGGUAUUAUAGAUCCCACAAAAGUAGUUAGAAGUGCAAUAAUUGAUGCCAGUGGCGUUGCAUCUCUAUUGACAACUGCUGAAGCAGCGAUAUGUGAAAUGCCAUCAGAAAAAGAGAGUGCAAGCUUCGGACGUGAAAGUGCAGGGGUUACAAUUUAUUAA